AUGGAGGGCGCCUCAUUCGGCGCGGGCCGCGCGGGGGCCGCCCUGGACCCCGUGAGCUUCGCGCGGCGGCCCCAGACCCUGCUGCGGGUCGCGUCCUGGGUGUUCUCCAUCGCCGUCUUCGGGCCGAUCAUCAACGAGGGCUACGUGAACGCCGAGAGCGGCCCGGAGCUGCGCUGCGUCUUCAACGGGAACGCGGGCGCCUGCCGCUUCGGCGUCGCGCUCGGCCUCGGAGCUUUCCUCGCCUGUGCCGCCUUCCUGAUGCUCGACGUGCGCUUCCAGCAGAUCAGCAGCGUCCGCGACCGCCGCCGCGUGGUGCUGCUAGACCUGGGUUUCUCAGGGCUCUGGUCCUUCCUGUGGUUCGUGGGCUUCUGCUUCCUCGCCAACCAGUGGCAGCGCACGACGCCCGGUCCCGGCACGGCGCAGGCUGGGGAUGCGGCGCGGGCCGCCAUCGCCUUCAGCUUCUUCUCCAUCCUCAGCUGGGUGGCGCUCACCGUGAAGGCCCUUCAGCGGUUCCGCCUGGGCACCGACAUGUCCCUCUUUGCCACCGAGCAGCUGGGCGCUGGGGCGGUCCAGGCCUACCCUGGUUACCCAGUGGGCAGCGGCGUGGAGGGCACCGAGACCUACCAGAGCCCGCCUUUCACCGAGACCCUGGACACCAGCCCCAAAGGGUACCAGGUGCCCGCCUACUAGUGGUUGGCAGGCGCGGACCCAGGCUCCAAGGCAUCCCGAGACCUCCCUCGGGUCCCUCCGGCCCAGGGCCAGGAACAGAAGGGGUGGCCACUUUGGGUCGUCUGGGGCCAAGAAGGGGUAGCCCCCAGGGUGCGUGGGCUGUCCUCCCCAAGUCCCCCUAGUCCUCUCAGUACUUGGCCCCAGGCCUGAGAUUCUAAGGGGACAAAAUGGCCCAGGUCAUGCAUCCUCCAGCCUGGAGUGCACUGGCCUGGGGGAGGCAUUCUCAUGGGCCAGCCAACUUGGGGCUCACAUAUCCAUUCUGGGGUCAGGGGUCUAGCUGGCCAGGUGCAGGGGCUGCCCAGGACAGGGGACAGGGACAGUACCCUCACCCUGAAGCCCGGAAUCGUGGCCACUGUUCCCCAUUCUGUGUCCCUGUUGGUAGUGACUGUCCAUGCUCCUGUCAUGGUGAUUUGUCCUGUCUGGAGCCUCCCUCCAUCUCCUCUCACAGGCUUGCUAGAGCAGCCCAGCCCUGUCGGUGUUGUGAUUGUAGUCAAGUCUUCAGGUUUCACCUCAUAGAGCCCCACAAGCUGCUCCUACUUGCCUUGGCCCAGGCCCCUGCUCAGGUGUGGGUGGUUCUGACCAGGAAGGCACAAGAUGGCUGUGGGCCUGGGCAUCAGCCCUGUCCCAGUCCUUUGGUAAGACCAUACCGAAGGAAGGAGCCAGACCCCUCAGUGUGGGGCAAGACAAACCUCUCAGCAGGAAAGAGGCCUGGAGGUUCCAUCUGCCCACAGUGCCCACUUCUCUUCACCUUGGCUUCCUGGACCAGUUCCCACGCCCCUCCACAUACCCUGUUUUUAAGGCCCAGCCCCGGAUGGGGUCCCUGUACAUAGCUGACUACUCAUGCAUUGCUUGAAGCUGGCUUUUCACAUUGUCGAUACCAAACGCACCAAACACGGUUGCACAUUUCGUUCUCACAGACAGACGCCUCUCUCUGGAAUUGCAGUGAGUGACGGCCCUGUACGUUGUAGCAUAGACCAAUGCCGUGUGGAUAUUUAAGUGAACAUGUUUACAAUUUUUGUAUAUAUCAAUCUCUCCCUCUCUCUUCUGAAAGAGCAAUCCGUGAUUGUGUAUUUUCAGUGUCCCAUGUUCCAACUGCAACUUCUUUACAAUAAAGACUGUA